AUGAUGUCACUACUGAGAGAGAAAAUAAGAAAGUCCUCUUCCAAUGUCAUUGUGGUCUAUGGAGCUUCAGAUUACUUGAUCUGGGUGAAGAUAACGCUUGAAACCUUCACAUCGCAUGGGAAAGUUCUUACCACUACUUCUCAAUGGGACUUCCUAUCCAGUGUCACUCCAAUGGAUACAACAUUGUUUGCAUUUAGUGGUUCCUUGUCAUUUGCUCUUCAUGCAGAUGAAAUUGUGGGAUUUCGAGAUUUUCUUCAGACUGUAAGUCUCAGCAAAUAUCCAGAUGACAUUUUCUUGAAGUAUUUCUGGGGGAAUGCAUUUCACUGCUUGAUUCCAUCUGUAGAUUUGGGCAACAUGCACCAGUUCCCAUGUACGGGACUUGAAAGACUUCAGUAUUUGCCUAACUUCAGGUUUGACCUUCAGACAUUGUCCUUGAGCUACAAUAUCUACAAAGCAGUUUACGCCAUUGCAGAAGCAUUGCAUGAAAUGUAUUCAUUCAGACACAUUCCGAAAGAGCUGCGUGGCCAUGUGAGACAACUGGUGCGCAAUAUUAAACCAUGGAAGGUGCCACAGUCAACAUGCACGAAGAGCUGUCUUCCAGGACACCAAAAACAAGCUAUAGAAGGAAAACCAGGCUGUUGCUUUGCAUGUUCUCCAUGCCCAGAAGGAACUUUUUCCAAUCGCACAGAUGCAGAUCAUUGUGAGAAGUGUCCAGAUGGUCAAUUUCCAAACCAUAACAAAGAUAAAUGCCUCCAGAAGCCAAUUACGUUCUUGUCCUUUCAUGAGCCUCUGGGAAUCACUUUGGUUGUCAUUGCUGUUUUCUUUUUUCUGAUCACAGUUUUCAUAUUAGGAACCUUUCUUAAGUAUCAAGACACUCCCAUUGUCAAAGCCAAUAACCGGAAUCUUACGUACAUUCUCCUCCUGUCCCUCAUGCUCUGCUUCCUUUGCUCUUUGCUCUUCAUUGGCCAGCCCAGCAAAAUGACCUGCCAACUGCGACAAAUAGCUUUCGGCAUUAUCUUCUGCACCUCCGUUUCUUGUGUGUUGGCAAAGACAGUCAUGGUGGUUCUGGCUUUCAUGGCGACCAAGCCUGGAAGUAGAAAGAGGAAAUGGGUUGGCACAAAACUGACAAAUGCCAUCGUCCUUUCCUGUAUUCUUAUUCAAGUUGCCAUUUGUAUUGCCUGGCUUAGAUACUCUCCCCCAUUUCCUGAUUUUGACCUGACAUCUGAAGCUAAGCAAAUAACAUUGAAAUGCAAUGAAGGGUCAAUUGCCAUGUUCUACACAGUCUUAGGUUACUUGGGUUUCCUGGCAUUUGUAAGCUUCAUUGUAGCUUUCCUAGCCAGAAAUCUGCCGGAUGUAUUCAAUGAGGCCAAGUUCAUCACUUUCAGUAUGCUGAUGUUUUGCAGUGUUUGGAUCACCUUUAUUCCCACAUACCUCAGCACCAGGGGGAAAUUCAUGGUGGCUGUUGAGGUAUUCUCUAUUUUAGCCUCCAGCGCUGGGAUGCUGGGAUGCAUCUUUUCUCCCAAAAUUUACAUUAUUGUCAUGAGACCUGAUAGGAACACAAAAGAACAGUUACUUAAGAAACUGGAUUCUGGUGCAACACACUUGCAACAUUGA